CUUCACAAUUCACAGCGCAGUAAAAAGACAGUACAGACAGGUUUGAGAUACUGUAGAAACUCUGCAAAGAACUGCAAAGCCAGGAGUUUAACCUUUUCCUAGAAAAUCGUCUGCAACGUAACGUUUUUGCCCGAGCGUAUUUUAUCUAGUGUGUUAACGUUACAGGACGUGUUUGUUAAGUAACUCGGGUUCUGUCAUUGUAGCUAGUUAAUGUGCCGCGAUUAUCGGUGUAGACAGCUUGCUUGCUAGCUAGCUACUAUUGCUGGUCUGAAGGAAGCCUGCUGGGCUAAUGCCGCGUUGAGCCAUCUGAAGAAGCGGCCUGGACCAUAACGUUAGCUAGCUAGCUACUGUAGCUAUCUUUAUCCCUGUGUGUGCCAGUAUUAAGGCUGCGUUUUUUAAAGCCUGCGUUUACACAGGCAGACCUUUUCUGAUUUUUUUCCCCCAGAGCAUUUACACGCAUCAGAAGAAAAAAUCUGUAUUGCGCUGCUUGUAUAAACGCAGUUCUACCUGACCACAUCGCUUCGGACCUUGAAUUGUCUGCGCCUUUCUUCCUUCAUAGCAAUGUAAGUAAUAUUGGCUGGCUAAACAGCGGAAAAUCAUAUGACAGUAGUUGUGCAAGUUUUAAAUCCAACUCGUUAGCUAGCGAGCCAGCUAAACGUUUCAUUCAUGGAGUACAGAAGUGUUUCUCUUUGGAGUUUGGACCUACGAUUGAUGACACGGCUUUGAAUAUACGGUUACCACAAGAGUUGUAAUAAAGAAGAACACCCAAUGCAAACGUGUUGAAAGCAAGCUUCCGUUAUGGAUUUCAGCAAAUCAUUGUCCUUGUGGGUUGUAUGCAUAUGCCUGCUGAGGGAAAAUUGGAUGGUCCAAACCAGCUCAGACCCCCAUCAUAUUGAUAAUGGUCUGUCGGAGCUGUGUCGCAUCGACGAGCCACAUUGCCAUGAUGAGAACACCAUCCUCAGCUUUGAGUCGAUCCGCAGUAUCCACAAGCAGAUGGACGACGAUGCCAAUGGCAAUGUGGACGUGUCCGAGACGGACGGGUUCCUGAGGGAGGACCUGAACUACCACGAUCCCAAGGCUAAGCACAACAGUUUCCACGGGGACGACCAGUUCAUCAGUGUGGAAGACCUGUGGAAUACAUGGAAGAGUUCUGAAGUGUACAACUGGACCGUGGACGAAGUGGUGAAGUGGCUCAUUGGCUACGUGGAGCUGCCCCAGUAUCAGGAGGCCUUCAGCAAGAUGCAGUUCAAUGGGAGUGUCAUGCCCCGGCUGGCCGUGAAGAACACCACUCUGACCAUGUCCAUCCUGAAGAUACUGGAUCGCAGCCACGUCCAGAAGUUACAGCUCAAGGCCCUGGACACCGUGCUGUUCGGCGCCCCUCCCAUGACCAAACACAACCACCUGAAGGACUUCAUGUUGGUGGUCUCCAUAGUGAUCGGCAUAGGUGGCUGCUGGUUCGCCUACAUCCAGAAUCGCUACUCCAAGGAGCACAUGAAGAAGAUGAUCACCGACCUGGAUGGCCUGCAGAGGGCUGAACAGAGCCUGAUUGAUCUUCAGAAGAAGCUGCAGAUAGCCCAGGAGGAGCACCGCACAGUGGAGGUGGAGAAGGUGAACCUGGAGCAGAAGCUCCGGGAUGAGAUCAACUGUGCCAAGCAGGAGGCCCAGCGGCUCAAGGGGCUCCGCGAGGGAACAGAGAACGAGCUGAGUAGGCAGAAAUACGCAGAGGAGGAGCUAGACCAGGUACGCAUGGCCCUGAAGAAGGCAGAGAAGGAGCUGGAGUCUCGCUGCAGCUGGUCCCCGCCGGAAUCCCUCCAGAAGUGGCUGCAGCUCACCCACGAAGUGGAGGUGCAGUAUUACAACAUCAAGAAGCAGAACGCUGAGAGGCAGCUACUGGUGGCCAAAGAAGGGGCCGAGAAGAUAAAGAAGAAAAGGAACACCAUCUUCGGGACGUUCCACGUGGCCCACAGUUCCUGUCUGGAUAACGUUGAUCACCAAAUUCUGACCGCCAAGCAAGCCCUGGGUGAGGUGACGGCUGCCCUGAGAGAGAGGUUGCACCGCUGGCAGCAGAUUGAGAUCCUCACUGGGUUCACCAUUGUCAACAACCCUGGUCUGUCCUCCCUCGCCUCCACCCUGAACAUUGACCCCAGCCUCAUGGGCGGCCGGGCGACGCCCCAGCAUUUCCUAAUGUCGGACGACAUGGACGACAUGGACGAGGACAUCAUAGCGCCCGGGACUCUACAAUACCCACCAUGGCUGAAGGAUCAGCGAGGGAGUGAUCCGUGGUCCGUGGACAGCCAGUCCCUGUGGAAGAACUCUGCUCCAAGCAUGAUGUCGCUGCGUCAGCGUCACCUGGACUCCCAGUUGGCCCUGGGCUCCCAGAGGGAACUGAACCGCUCCGACUCCGACUCCUCGCUGUCCCUCUCCCAGAUUGGUGAUCGACUGUCGGCCUACAGCUCCAAGGGCCACCCGGUUAAACCCACCUCCCUCCUGCACGGCCCCCCCAUCCGUUCUACCUACGAUGAGCCCCUCACGCAUGCCCACACCCCUAACGGGGGGAACCGCGUCCACGACGGGGGGGUCCAGGCCGAGCCGAUGCCAGACAGCCCCAUUCUGAUGAAGAAGGUGUACGGCGUCGACAAGUCGUCCAGCCACGGGGAGACAGACGUUGGGCUGUCCAUGUCUGAGUCUUCACGCUCCCUCAGUCCCAACUCCACUGAUGCUGACACCCCGUCCCCCACCGGGGGACAGCCGGGGGCUGCAGGGGCCAAGGUUAACAGUCGCAUCCCCCAGCUGUCCUCCAAGAAGAGCCCCCUCGAGGAAGACAGCGGCUCCACGGGAGAAGACACGGACUCCAUCGCCAGCCGCAAGAAACAUACCUUUAAGAUCUUCAAAAAACAGAAGAAAUGAUAACAAGGGCUUUUAAAGACUGUUCAAAGAGCUGUCAAAGCUGCUUCUCUUUAUUAUUAUCGUUAUCGUUUUGGAAAAGUUCGGGGUUAUUCACUGGUCACAGACGAAAGUGCAAAUCUUUGCCUUUUACAUGGUUUUGUAGGUACUUUUUCUGAGGAAUUGUGGAAGCAACCAGCUAUUUGAUUAUAUAGUUUUUCGCCUUUUUUUUUUGUUGAAUGAUAUGUUGGGAAUGGGUGGGAUUGUAUAUUGGAAUGUAAAGCCCUAUUUAUUCUGCAGGAGAAGGUGCCAGUGUCUCAAAGGGAAAUGGGAGUCUAGCGUGGAUUUAUUUGUUUUACAGUUUUGCAUGGAUUCAACUUUGUUUGACUGAUCUUCUCUGAAUGCUCCUAGAUGUUUGCUUGGAUCUUGACUCUAUUCUGCUUAGACAACACGUAAACUUGGCUGUUGUUUUCUGUUAAUCCCCGACCUCUUUGUGUUUAUUUUGACAAAAGAUUGUGUCAGAUGGACAUAUAGCGUUUAAAGGUAGUGGCUUAUGGUAGCCAGUGUUGGUCAAUGGUGAGGGGGGGGCUGAAAAGGGCUGAACAACAACUCAAAACCUCCCGAGUCAAUUGUGCUAAUACGCGGUCUUACAUGUCAGUGUUAGCUGUAAAACCAGGGGUUAAAUUGGGCUGGGUCCAAUUCCAUGCUCUGUUUCUGAGACAACAGGCUUAAAUAACCCACAGCGGGGUCCGACAAGCCCAUAGUAGCAUACAGUUUAGCUUAGCUAUUACAUUUUUCAGCAUGUCGCAUGCUAUUUUGGGAAAAAACAUUCCUCUCAAGGCAUAUUCAAAUGGUGAAUCCUACAAACAGCAAAUCAUGCAUGCUAAGUCACUUCACAGGACACAUCUUAAAAAUGCAUUCCGGGAAUCUUAAGCAGACCAGUUGGGGAUGAUAAGUUAUCAUUUGGGUUUGUAGCAUAUGAGUUACACAAACACACAAAUAUCAAUAUUUGAUGUAUUACUUUAUGAUGUAGUAUACAAAAAAGGGGACCCUUUUUGGCUCAUAAGCACCACUUUCACGACUAUUUGGAGAAAUGACAAAAUCUCUAGUGCAUCGUUAAGAGAGAGCCUUUGGCUUAAUCAUAGUAAGUCCAUCAACAGAAAUGUCAUAUACUGCCUGUCUGUCGAUUACAGAAGAGUGUUAAUAAACACUAUGAUAUGUGCUCUUGUAAGUUUAGUAUGCUUAUUGCUAUAUAGCAUUGCUGACUGAUUAAUAUGGACCAAUCAAUAUUGGGCUAUUUUCUGUAGGUGGAUAGGAUACUUUAUAUCCCAAUUUAACCCCUGAGUGUAAUGGCAGGACCAGUCACACACACAGCAGGCAAACAUUGUCCUGGGGUAUUGCACCGUUGCCAGCAGAGGUUCUAACUUGAUUGAAAACCGAGAACACGCGCAGCCUUGACAAAAUAUGCCGUCUAUGUAUUCGAACAAAACGUAAUAGUUCCUGACUGAAGUCCUUUAAUAUAAUGACAAUUUAUCAAGAUAUUGCUGUUAUAUUGACUACUUAAAGAAUAUGGAAUUUGUGUCACUGUAAAUGUUUAUUGGAGUGAACUUCAAAAUAUGCUAAACUUCAUAUCAGUCUACUUUGUAACUGUUUUAGGAGGGAUCACAGGAAUCCUUAUGAGGGCUGGGAGUAGAUUUCUGGAGAAGCUUAUCUUUUAAGUGCCAAACCAAAGACUCAGGUCAGAGGCCUUUAUUCUUUUCAACAGCUCUAUGUUCUGUAUGUUGAACAUUUAAAGGCAGCUUUAGAAUGAGUAGCACUGCCUUCAGUUUAUAUCUGGGGACCCCAAACAAAAAUGGAUGAUCAAUUUAACAUUCUGUCACCAACAAAGUUUCAAGCACGGAGUCAUAGGGUGCAUUCAUAUACCUCUAGCCUUCCAGUUGUGUGUAGAGCAUUUCGGAUUGGUGUUUGCUUCUUCUUUUAUUGUAAAUGGGUCUCUUUACCUUAGCUCACAUAGUAUAUUGUCAAGCACACAGUAACAGGAAUGUUAUCUACAGGUCAGUGUAAUUAACUCACUUACUGUUAAUUAUUUUGGAGAGAGCACACAUGGCAUACAAAGCGAUGGCACUGCAUUCCUAAACGAUUAGCCUGCUCUCUGUAUGAAUAUACACACAGCAGCGCUGCAAAUGACACCAUCAGCCCCCAAUGCAGGCCCCACACAGUGUGAUUGAUGGUAUGGGUGAAAAUGAAAUGUUUUCUUUUAGCAGUUGAAAACAUUAACUUCCUACUGGUACUUUUGAAAAGUGUGAUUUGUACCUCUUUUGCACGAUGAAACUGUAAUGUACGCACGCACGCGCGUGUGUGCGUGUAGGUCUCUGCGUGCCAGUAUACUGCACUAUGUUGUUCUUGAUGCAUGUCCACAGCUGUAACAUCAAUAACGGGCUUGAGGAGAUCCACUUGAGCAUUAUGACCCCGCCCCAUCCACCCCUCCAACUCCUGGCUUCCCCUUUUGAGCUUCUAUUUAUGAAUACAUAUAUUUGUACAAAGUAAAAAAUGAAACCUAAUUUUGCAUUUUCUGUGAUGUUCUCUCUAAACCUACGGCACUCCUGCAUGAUAGCAAUAAACUAUUUUGAAUGAAAA